AAAUAGCGCAUAUUUGCUCAAGACGGAACUAUAGACAAAAUUUCAGUGUGACCGGUCAAUUCAUAAAUUGAUAUGCGAUAAAUUAUAAAAAAAUCAAAGGUGUUAAUCGUAGUUAUUACUACUUUUAUAUUAAAGGUUUCGUUUACUAAUACUUAAAUCAAAUAAAAUGCUCCCAGCCGUCAGUGAUUACUUCGGCGGACCACAUAACUUAAUUCGUGGUAGUGCUCUGUUUGUUAUUGUGUUGUUGUUUUAUUGGUACGACAUACGACCAUAUGGUUUAUUAAGUAUUAUCUUUUUAUUAUAUGUGCUUUCCGAACGAGUUCGAAAUGAGUCAAUAGUUUUUAAUUGUCCCGCUAUUUCGGAAAAAUCACUGCAAGAAAUCAAGAAAUUUCGUGAAGAUCACCCUGGAAAGUUCUGUGCGUUCAGCAGUGCUAGUUUCAUUCUGCUUGCAAUUUUAGGAAAUAUUAUUUCAGGCCCACUAUUUUUUAUUCUUAUAGCUGUAUGCUUCAUAGGAAAAAAAUACUUACCUGAAAAUGUGAAAGAAGCUUGUAAUCAAUCAACAUGGUCAUCAAAUAUUAAAGAAUUUGAAGAUUUUAUACCAGAAUUAAAUGAGAAAAAUUUAGAAUUACUCAAUUAUGCACAAGAUCCAAAAUCGAAAAAUGAUUCUGAUGCAGAAUCUGAUAAAACUGAAGCAUUCUUAUUAGAUAAAACUCCAAACAUCUCAGAUACUUCCAGUGAAAGCGGUGAUGAUACAAAAUUAAUUCCUACUGAAGGCAUAGAGUUUCUUAGUGGUCAUUUCAACGGUGAUAGUAUGAUGGAAGAUGAUUAUUUUGAAAAGGGAUUGAAUUUAAGAAAAAUGUUACAUUUGAAGAUGACACAAUAA